GAACGCGCAAACAGAUCCGGUCGAUCUAAACAGCUCGCGUAACGAUGAUGACCGCUCACAGUAGGUUAUCGUUGCUUUUCGGAGCUUCGCUCAUCGCGUUAUUGAUACCGGUGAUCCAAGGACAAGAACCACAUACGCUGGUGCGGGACCGGAAACGUUGCACCCCAUCGCCGACGACGGCCAGCGGAAGUGUCAUCCAGAGGGGCCGCAAGUUCUGCAGCGGCGAACUGGUCUUCGAGGACAACUUCGACUUCUUCGAUUUUGAAAUCUGGGAACAUGAGAACACUUUGGCCGGGGGAGGUAACUGGGAAUUCCAGUGGUAUACAAACAAUCGAUCAAACUCGUUCGUUGAAGAUGGUGUUCUGUACUUGAAGCCGACAUUAACGUCUCAGGAGUUCGGAGAUGGCUUUUUGAGCUCCGGAACGCUUAGUUUGCUCGGAAAUCGACCGGUUGAACAAUGCACCAAUGCAGCCUUCUACGGAUGCGAACGUCGCGGUACGGAGAUGAACAUAGUAAACCCCAUCAAAAGUGCACGAGUCCGCACGCUAUCUUCAUUCAAUUUUAAAUAUGGCCGAGCAGAGAUCCGCGCUAAACUUCCGACGGGCGAUUGGCUGUGGCCUGCCAUUUGGUUGCUUCCAAAGCGCAACGUGUACGGCACUUGGCCCGCUUCCGGGGAGAUGGAUUUGAUGGAGUCUCGAGGUAAUGAAGAUUUAGUAUCAGGGGGAAAACAAAUUGGUACUGGACAGUUUGGACAGACGCUUCACUUUGGACCGAAUCCUUCGUAUAAUGGCUGGAGUACUGCAAGUUCGGCAAAGAACUCUGAGCCAGGGAAGGAGUUUAACAAGGACUUCAACGUCUAUGGGUUUAUUUGGAGUCCGACAAACAUCACAACCACUUUGAAUGGUGAGGUCGUAGAAGCCAUUGAAGUUGGCGAAGGCUUCUGGAAACGUGGAGGUUUUGAUAAGCUCAAUCUGGAGAAUCCUUGGCGUUACGGGAGCAAGAUGGCUCCCUUCGAUCAGGAGUUCCAUUUUAUUCUGAACGUUGCCGUAG